AGAGGCACCUGCAUCAUGUCUUUAGGCCACCAAUACGUGUCCUUCGGCAUUCCCGUCGGAUAUGUCUCUAUCACGCAACUGCGGGGAAAAUCUCAUAAAUAGAGCUCAAGCUUCCCACUAUAAGCAGCUAAUCACCAGCCCUCACAAUGUCAGCAGCGUACUUCUUACCCCGAUCGCUUUCUCGCGCUUUUACAGCUACUCAGCGUCGACCAUGUCUCCGAAAAGGCUUCAAUCGCGCUCUCGCGACGUCUUCAAAACCACUCCAAGCGUCUGUCGCAGCAGGUGUCCGCGUCGACCAUGCUGAAUCGAACGAUAACCGCACCGUGGCCGCCAUGGGCCGCACAACCUCCGGCAAAGCCCUCAAGGUCCGCAAGUACCCCUCCUUCACCAGCCUCGAAGACGAGCGCCUCUACCGCAAACAGCACCUCGCAGCUGCAUACCGCGUUUUUGCCUCACGAGGCUUCGACGAAGGCGUUGCCGGCCACAUCAGCGUGCGCGACCCUAUCCUCACCGACCACUUCUGGCUAAACCCGCUGUCCACGCACUUCUCGCUAAUCCGCGUCUCCGACUUGAUACUAGUGAACGAGGCGGGCGAGGUGGUAGAGGGAGAUCAGCCCAUCAACGCGGCGGCGUUUGCGAUUCAUAGUGCAAUACACAAGAGGAGGAGCAAUGUGCAUGCGGCAUGUCAUGCGCAUUCGGUGCAUGGCAAGGCAUUUAGUGCAUUUGGGAGGGAACUAGAUAUGAUUACGCAGGACAGCAUUCGCUUUUACAAAAGCCAUGGCGUGUAUAAGCAGUUCGGUGGGGUCGUACUUGCGAGUGAGGAGGGAGAAAGAAUAGCAGAUGCUCUGGGCGACGGCAAAGCAGCUAUUCUCCAAAACCACGGGAUCCUAACCGUAGGCCAGUCCGUCGAUGAAGCCGCUUUUUGGUUCCUCUCCCUCGACAAGACAUGUCAAGCACAGCUCCUAGUCGAUGCAGCAUCCGCAGGAAGCGGCCACAAGCCAAAAAUCAUACCGGACGUUGAGGCGGCGGAGACGUAUAAUCAGGUAGGGACGCCCGAGAAGGGCUGGCUGGCUUUCCAGAGCUAUUAUGAUGAGGUACUGGCCAAGACUGGUGGCGAUUUCUUGAGAUGAAGCGAACUUGAAAACGCCAAUAUCAUGCGUGACAACGAUGUAGGUGCCAUACUAGAACACGGCUCGCCCCUCCAAUGUCUUUGGUGUUGGCAUUCAGCCUGCGUAUCUUAGAAGCGUAACAAUCUUCUUCUUAGUUUGCC